GAUUUGAUGCGCAUGCGCGGCGUGACUGCCACGUACGGCUUGACAGCUGAGCACUUCCUGAUGCUGCAGGUGGUACCCGGCUCUUGCUAGCCUAGCAACCCGUUUUCAUUUUUUCACGCUUUGGAAGCAGCCAGCGAGAUACAUCGUGGUCACGUCGUCGGGAUCAGGUCAGAGCAGCAGCGUUAGGACGGCACCAUGAACGGCCAGCUCGACCUGAGCGGGAAGCUGAUCAUCAAAGCCCAGCUGGGCGACGACAUCAGACGCAUCCCCAUCCACAACGAGGACAUCACUUACGACGAGCUGGUGCUCAUGAUGCAGCGCGUCUUCAGGGGCAAACUGCAGAGCAGCGACGAGGUCACCAUCAAGUACAAGGACGAAGAUGAUGACCUCAUCACCAUCUUUGACAGCUCUGACCUCUCCUUCGCUAUCCAGUGCAGUAGAAUACUCAAGUUAACCUUGUUUGUGAACGGUCAGCCGAGGCCUUUGGAGUCCAGCCAGGUCAAGUACCUGCGCAGGGAGCUCAUCGAGUUGAGGAAUAAAGUCAACACCCUCCUGGAUACCUUCGAGCCCCCCACGGAGCCCGGCGUCGCCGCCACAGCGCCAGAAAGCGAAACUGUUGACAGACGUGAAGGCAAGGUGGCGACGACGGAUCCCGCCGCCAAGCACGUGACCCCAGUCAGUGCGGCCAGUAUGUCUGCCUUUGACCCCUUGAAGAACCAGGAUGAAGUCAACAAGAAUGUCAUCUCUGCUUUUGGUCUGAGCGAAGACCAGCCCCCAGCGCCGCCAGCAGCUGCCCCAGAGGAGCGCUCAGGGACCCCUGAUAGCAUCGCUUCCUCCACGUCUGCGGCCCCUCAGCCAGGAAUGCCUCCCCAGGCGCAGGCUCACUUUUCUGGAGUGCAACAGGCACCCCCAGCUGGCGUGGAUGGUCAGGUGUACCAGCAGUACCAGGCCCCAGGUGGAUACCCUCCGCAGCAGACGGGCGCCCCCCCUCAACAGUAUGGACUGCAGUAUCCCGCGGGGUACAGCCCCCAGCCGGGAGCCCCCCAACCCGGUCCGCCGCAACCGCAGCAGUUCCAGAACUACGCGGGCCCCUCCUCCCAAGCCACAGCCCCGGGUCCACAGGCCCCCAGUUUCCAGGGCGGCCAACAGCAGCAGCAGCAGCAGCAGCAGCAGCCUCAUCCUCCUCAGGGACCCCAGCAGUACCCCCCAGGAGCCUUCCCUCCCCAAAACUAUACGUCCCAGGCAUCGCAGCCGGCCAACUACAGCAUGCCGCCCAACUCCCAGGCUGCCGGGUACCAACCCCGCCCCGGCUACACACCGCCUCCGGGUAACACGGUCACCCCUCCCCCCGGGGCCGCCAACCCGUACGCCCGCAACCGGCCCCCUUACGGUCAGGGCUACGCUCAGCCGGGCCCCGGUUACCGGUAAAAAGGUGGGCGUGAGUGAUCCAGACACCAACCCUCGUGGCUCCAACUGUUUGGACUGGUUUAUUGCUCUGAAUUUUCCUCCCCUACCAUCAUAAGAUUAUCAAAUCCAAAUAUGAAACCGCGCCCCGCCACCACGGUUGAUGUUUGUAUGUGGUCUGACCGACACGUUGCUCGGCUUUUGUUGCUCCAAGUCUUGAUUUGUGUUUAUUUUUAUCCUCCCCCUUCUUGUUUUUGUCAUCGUUGCAUUCAUUUGGAAGACCAGAACGAGCCGCUUAUCCUUCCGUUGGGUUCAACGACAUCCGUGUCCUAAAAACUUCACGUGCCGGGCAUCUGACACCCGAACUGACUUUUGAUGUGGUUGUUUUUUUGUCUUCGUAUCGUUUGUCUGUAUUAAUAAUCACGACGAGGACACUCAGCUAAGUGAAGGCGCGCAGGCGGGGGCCGAUCCCAUUUGUAAGGUUUCCCUUUGUCACCACUCCAUCGCCCUUUAUCAAAUCACCAGUUUAUACUAAUAUACAAAAAUGAAAUCACACCUUAUCAGAUUUUUUUUUUUCCUUUAACAAUA